AUGUCGGAUCAAACCCCAGCCACAAGCGACGGAUCCUCGAGGUUUACGAUCUCCUCCGAUUUCCCCAAUCUCCACAACCAGAAGGAGUCCGACGAACUACACUACGAUGAACGCACAAAAGAAGCAGCAGGCCUCCAACCCCAACGAGAUCAACACACGUGCGAAACAGAAGACCACUCCUUUCAGGGGACCAAGCCCGGUCAGGAGUCGGACACUUUGCCGGGGUGGGAGACGCUGAAGGACGGGGUGAAGGGGAUGGCGGGGUCUCGUUGA